AUGCAAGUGCCCGUCAAGGACUGUGUCUCCCUGACGGUCUACUCCUUCACGUUCCUGCUGGGCCUCCCCUCCAAUCUGCUGGUGCUCUUUGUGUACGUCCGCAAGGCGCGCAAGCGGGGUGCCACGCCCAACGUGGUAUACGCACUCAACCUCUGCCUGGCUAACCUGGCACUGGUGGCCUGGCUGCCUGUCAAGGCCCUGGAGACUUUCCUCCAGGACUGGGCUCUUCCAUCGCCCCUCUGUCCUGUCUACAGCUUCUUCUUGUUCUCCUCGAUCUACGGCAGCUGCCUCUUCCUCACGGCAGUGACGGUGGGCCGCUACCUCAGCAUCGCUUUUCCCAUCAGCUACAAGCUGUACCGGCGGGGCCGCAUCUCCUGCUUCAUCAGUGCUGCCCUCUGGGCAGUGGUACUGUUGCACCUGAGUCUGGGCCUGGUGGCAGAAGGCGGGGGUGGUUUCGUUUCCACCUCCAGCCAUAAUGUGUCAGUCUGCUUUGAGAACUUCACCCAGGACCAGCUGGACCUGCUGCUGCCAUUGCGCCUGGAGAUGGCGCUCCUCCUCUUCCUAAUGCCUCUGGCCAUUACCGCCUUCUGCACGCUGCGCUGCGUAGCCCUGGUGUGGCGGUCCUGCUUGCCCGUCCUGGGAAAGAGGCGCGUCCUGGCCGUGGCCCUUUCCACACUGGCUGUGUUUGUGGUUUGCUACGUUCCCUACAACGUCUCACACAUCGUGGGCUUUGUGCUGCAGGAGAACGUCCACUGGAGGACUGAGGCCAUGCUGUCCAGUGCCUGUAACGUCUUCCUGGAGCCUGUGGUCAUGCUGAUGCUCUCCCCGGCAACGCCCCGCGGCCUCAUGGGAAGGCUCUGUGGAAGGCCCAGCAGAUACAGCCGGACAGAGGGGCGCCAUUGUAGCAAAACCAUCACACGGGACCCUCUAGCUAAUAUGGGGCAGGAGGACAAUUUCAACUGA